UCCGUCAAAGGUAUUUCAAUCAAAACACUCAAUUACAGUUGGUUUACUAUAACGUGUGUACUACUCGUAGUUUUAUGGAUGGUCGUGCGCGUGUGCUGUGGUGAGGCGUUAAGGCUGGAGACAGAGUGUGGCCUUCGCUAGACGGACAGCCACACCGUUGUGUCUGUUUGGCGAGGGUGGUGUUGAAGCAUGGACGAUCAACAAAGAAUGAUGCAUCCAGUUUCUCAGCAUCACUCGGUCAGCAUGGCGGGUCAUGUUGUACCCCAACACGGUUAUGGCAUGCCACAACAACCACAUGGCGUGGAUCCUACAAAUCAACAGCAUGCCCCAGACCAAGAAGCUAGAAAACAUGACAUUUCCGAUAUCCUUCAGCAGAUAAUGAAUAUAACAGAUCAAAGCCUCGACGAAGCUCAAGCGAGGAAACAUACACUAAAUUGUCAUCGAAUGAAGCCUGCCCUCUUCAGUGUUCUCUGUGAGAUCAAGGAGAAAACAGUUUUAAGUCUACGCAACACACAAGAGGAAGAACCCCCAGACCCACAACUGAUGCGGUUAGACAAUAUGCUAAUAGCUGAGGGCGUAGCGGGACCAGAGAAAGGUGGAGGUGCCGGUGCGGCUGCGAACGCCUCGGCUGCGGCCUCUGGUGGACCAGGACAAACUGAAAAUGCAAUCGAACACUCAGAUUAUCGAGCAAAACUAGCUCAGAUAAGACAAAUAUAUCAUCAGGAAUUAGAAAAAUAUGAACAGGCGUGUAACGAGUUUACUACUCAUGUGAUGAAUCUGCUCCGAGAACAAAGCCGGACUCGACCCAUCACUCCCAAGGAGAUAGAGCGGAUGGUACAAAUCAUCCACAAAAAGUUCAACUCCAUCCAGGUGCAAUUGAAGCAGAGCACGUGCGAAGCUGUCAUGAUUCUCAGAUCCAGGUUUCUGGACGCUAGACGGAAAAGGCGAAACUUCAGUAAACAAGCAACAGAAAUUCUUAAUGAAUACUUUUACUCCCACCUGAGUAACCCUUAUCCUAGCGAAGAAGCUAAGGAGGAGCUAGCUAGAAAAUGUGGCAUCACAGUGUCACAGGUUUCCAACUGGUUUGGCAAUAAGCGGAUUAGGUAUAAGAAGAAUAUCAAUAAAGCUCAAGAGGAGGCUAACUUGUAUGCAGCCAAGAAAGCAGUGAAACGGAGUAGCCCCUACUGCCCCUGGAGACAGCCCAGCGGGGAAGCAACACUGACAGCCGAAGAGUGGAGCCCCGAAACACCAGAUUCAUCCGGCCCUGGGGUUUAUAGUAUGGGGCCAACCACACAGGGGCAGAUGAUAAGUCCUCCACCUCCACCUGGGGCAGCGCCUCCUAAUGAUGGUCUUUACAACAUGAGUAUGAACGGUGGCGACUCCUAUCAACCAGUCUCCUCCAUGGGAGCGAACGUCCAAUCACAAAUUGCAGAACAUCAUCUUUAGCGGCCUCUGGCAAGAAUUUCUUUUGAAGUAUCCAAACUCUUCUCCGUCGUCACAGAACGGUCUUUUAUAUUGUGUAAACAUUGUGGGAGGUCAUAGACUGGACACCAACAGAUUCUCGGACUUUUUAGAAACAGGACAGGAAAAGAACACCAGAAUCUUCGUGCCAUAACCAUCGCUCCUGUAAAAACACGCCUGGAGCCUGCUGUAUAUCUCGUGUCUGUACGUGUCUGUGCUUGUUUAACUUUCUAUUUGUCGUUUAUGAUGUUCGAUAAAAAAUACAAACGGACCCCAUCUCAACUAAUUCAAAGCAUUUCCGGAAAGAGAGAGAGAGAGAGAUUUUGUCUGACUUUGUUUUUUGAACAUCUGACGAAUUGAAAAGAUCUUUAGUUGUUUGGUUGAAAAACGUUCUCAAAACUGUAGCAGCCAUGUUUAAACUCUUUAACCCUUUCUUCGAUUUUAACGACUGCUGAUUGUUUUUUUUACCAUGGUUGUAAACUUUGAAGUAAAGUCAGCUAUGGCAAGUCGCAAGAAGAAGCAGUUGUUGUUAAGAGAGCAAGUUGAUUGGACUGAUUGUACAUUCGUUAUUACCAAAUUUUAGUGAUAUUUUUGUGUUUUAUAAAAAUGCAGCACUGCGUUUUCCAUGAAUGUUACCUUCCAAAUAUUAAUUACCCCUCUUUUCCCUCUUUGGAAGGAAAUUUAUUUGUAUAAAGCAACAUUGAGAUAUUUGGAAAUGUUUAACUUUUUAAAGAACUUUUUUUCUUUUUUUUCAACCACGCUAAACCCACUGAUAAGUUGGAGAACACAGAUUAGCACUAUUUGAAACAAUGUCUGUUUAUAUUCUUGUAAUAUCAGUUUCUCGGAAAAUGUGUUAGGGAAUAUAAUUUAAGAUGGAAACAUAUGUUUAGUGAGUUUUUAAAGAAAAACGUUGAAAAGAAUAACGAUGAGUAUAAACCAAUUAUAACUGGUAUUCUUAACAUGCCGCUGUUUUGACCUUAUCGCUUAAAAAUACAGUUUCAACGGAGAUCACUUUUAAAACUCAAAUCCUACUCCAAGGUCACUUCAAGUUGGGCUGAACAUUUCAAGAUACAUAACGCUCUUAUCUUGGGUUUCUUAUGUUUAUUUUUGUAUUAGGUUCUUCAUGAAACUAAUCAUAAGCCAGUUUCACAGUGUUGCUUGCUUAUAGAAUCGAUAAGUGAUUUCAUGACUAAAUUGAUCAUAUGAAGACUGACAGGUCGUUGGAAAAGAAACAGUGAAUGAUGUAAAUAUUGUAGUUACGUUUGUCAUCCCAGGUCAGAAUUCACGACUGGACUGACCUUUGAUCUAAUCUUUUCCUGUAUGGUCGUUAUGUUGAUAAAAUACUGCUGUACUUCUACAGUUCAAGCAUA